AUUAGAGGAGGCUUUUUUCUAAAUGCAUGCUGCUCUGAGGGGAUGCACAGGCACAUGAAUAUUGUGAUCUUAUCUGCUGAAAAUGAGGCGAAAAGCAUAUAAACGGGUCAUCACAGAUAGCCAACUCCUAUCUGCCUCCCCAGGCAAGACUUAGAGCUUUGACUGUUGGUUUGUGGUUAGAGUUCAAACUUGGCUUCAACAUUCAGCCAACCGGCAGCAGAAGCAGCAGAAGUGGCAACAACUAUAAACACAUGAGAGCCGAGGCAGAGAGAAAAAUAUGAAAAAGAUAUAUAUUGGCAAAACUGCCCUCAAAACACAGAGAAAUGGUUGCAAACAUCCAAAACGAAGCUCUUUCCACGAUCACAAGGAUGACCUCCGUAAACGCCUCUCGUACACCACCCACAAACUAGAGAUGGUGGAAACAGAAUUCGAUUCCACUCGGCAGUACCUGGAGACCGAGCUGCGCCGGGCCCAGGAGGAACUGGAGAAAUUUACAGAGAAACUACGCAGGAUCCAGAGUAGCUAUGCAGCUCUUCAGAGGAUCAACCAGGAUUUGGAGGACAAGAUGCACAGGACGUCCCACCACCAUGAAGAGGAAAAGAGAGCCCUCAGCCGGGAAAUCAUCGUCCUCAACAACCACCUCAUGGAGGCGAAGAUCACCAUCAAUAAACUCAGAGAGGACAACGACCUGUACAGGAAAGACUGCAAUCUGGCAGCCCAGCUACUGCAGUGCUCCAAGUCUCACUACAGAGCACACAAGAUGUCUGAGCUACCAUUGGAUUUCCAGCAACGCAUCAGUUCCCACAUUGAGAAACAUAAUCGGGGUAGCGGAGUCACCAUGGCAAUGUGCCACUCCAAUUACUCCGAUGCAGUGCCAACAUCCCUAAUUGCCAAGGUCUUGGAAAAACCGGAACCAGGAAGCAGUUGUCCUGUAACUCGCUCGCCCAGCCCGCAACCGCAGGAUGGAGACUUUCUUACAGGAAGAGGAAGCACUGAUCACCUGAACCGCCGCAUUUCGUAUAAGUCUUCUGACCUGUACUGCAGCGAUACGGCACUCUACUGCCCUGAGCGAUGGCAAGAUACAGAGCGCAGGCAGAGUGUCGACCUCCACGGCACCAGCCUGCUCCAGCUUCACGCCCAGAACUCCACUGACAGCAACCCAGAUGAAGAGGCCUACCACUCUGGAAGUUUCUCCCACCAUGAGGCUCCAUCCUCCUUCCAACACCAUGAAGAGUUUGGCGCUGGCAGCCUCCCUGCAUCCAGUUCCUACUCUAGCUUCAGCCUCGCAUCGGACGAGAAGGGAGGAGUUAGUAGUGGUUGUGGGCGCACUGCCACCAGCACCUUAUCCUCUUCUCACCAGGGUCUCUAUAUGGAUUGGCGAGAGAGUGGCAGUGGGGACUAUGGGCGCAAAGGCAUGUCCCCUUAUGAAAAAGACAACGCGAGCUUCCCCAAGUCGCUCAGCAUCCAGCACAUGGUGAUCCCAAGGAGCCCGCAGAAGGGCACUUCACCAGCUUACACAAGGACGGCUUCAUGCUUCAGUGAACCAUACCAUUCCAGCACCCCCCGCCUGGCCUCCUCUCACAGCAUGGGGUCCACAACUGGACUGGGCCAAGCUCGUGGAGGGGCUCUGGACAGCCGAGGUGAGAUCCAAGUCCCUGAGGAUGACCUAAGCAGCCGCUGGAGACAGCUCAGUGUGGAAGACAUCAACACGUUCUCAUCUUCCUACCGUGAUAUCACAGGGCGGGUCUCUCCGUACAGUUUCUCUGAGCGCCACUUUGCCAUGGGCCCCUCCAGUAAGGUCAAGGGGUCCCUCUACAGCAGCUUCCAAGAAGGAGAUGACGUCUUCCACAGUCGCGUGCUGGACCAGUGUUUUGCUGUGAGUUCCCCUUCGCCCAGCCGCAGCCCAAAACCUAUGGAGCACCGUAAGCAGGAGAAAACUUCUGUUCUGUACAGAGCCAAGGAUGACAGUCAGGACUCCGAGUGCAGUCUGUUCCUCUCAGGGAGCUCUAAAGAGAAGGAGAGCAGUGGGGGAGCCAUGGCAGCAAGCAGCUCUAAGAAGGACUAUGUAAAUCUGAGCGCGGACAGCUCGGCUGAGUCCUUACACCAAAGCUCCCUCGAAGCCUCAAGUCUUCAACACUACCCCGCCCCUAGGCCGAUCGUCCGGCCUCGCCCGAGCUCCAGCUCCGCUCUCAGUGUCGGCCCCGCACUGCCAAAGAAGACCUCUCCAAGAUACCAAAAAUUUGGCAGCACGGGACUGACCAGAAAGGACAGUUUGACCAAGGCACAGCUGUACGGGACACUGCUGAACUGAGCGGAGGGGAAAAGAGAGCUUUUCAUUUUAUGCAUGAUGAUGAUGAUGAUGAUUCCUAACUUACUGUACUGUAUGUCUCAAAAGCUCCCUGCAGCAAACACAUACUUGGUGUUAUGGGGUAUUAAGAUGUUGUUGUUUUAUGUAUCUCUUAGCCAAGGCACGUUUCAUGCAGUCUGCAACACUUUUUCUAUUGUAUGUCAUGCAAUGGUGUAGCUACCUAAGACCAGCUAAUCACUAUGUUUUUAUUUCAUUGAUAAUUAGAGCCACCGGGAUCGAACCACGUUGUCUAAGAAAUAUGACACAGACCCGGCUACAUGGACGUACUGUGCUAUUGCUCUUUUUUUGGUGUUAAGUACUGUUAGUAAAACCAGCAAAAGACCAUUAAUUCCUGCUCUAAUAUAUACGAUAUAGAUAAUGGACUAAAGCGUCUAAAGUGUAAUAGGGUGGCUUAAUUACACACGUUAAGGAGAGGGAGGUUUAUCCAUUUUGUAUAGUGGACCCUGCUGACUGCAAGCUGUUAAAAAGCCUUACUCAUUCUCUAUUUUCUCCUAAUGCAUGCUGUAUAAUGCAUAUAAAUACGAUAGAAAAAAACACAUUUCCACCUACAAACACCACUUACUAAAAAGGAUGUGUUAAUAAAAUGAAUUGGCUAAACAAAAGAUGUAAAAAAAAAUAAAGUAUUUUAUUCAAAUGCCAUAUAAUAUUUAUAGCAGGUGAGAGUUCCUUUCUGAUGCUCGGGAAACUUAAAAGUCCCAGAUUUUGUUUGAUGGAAGAAUAGCUUGCCAGUUGAUUGAACUGAACAGAAAGAUUUCUAGCGUUACUCAGCUGGAGUUUUCUUAUUUUUGUAUCAAAAUGAGAUGAAAUCUGAGGCUGUACUGCACAGUAGUUACGCUCAUACCAGGACACUUGUGAACUUGCCUUAAUCCUGUUCAGUGGACAGAAUGGUCUCCUUUACAGCAUCAAACAAAUGUGUACAUACUGUAUAUCUGCUGUAUUGUUACUGUACGUAUACACUACUGUUACUGUUCUUCCUGUCAGACAUAACACACAUACAACCAGUUUCUUGGAAAAGGAUUAAGUAUGUUCUUACACUAGGACAGAACUCUUACACUUCUCAGUUUCUCCCUUGAAACUUGUUUCGCUUCGAGACAAGGAAGCUUAAUCGCUGUCUGAAAAUCUGGCACGAGCACAGCCAAAUUUCUACUCUGAUACAAACUCUUUAAACACUGUUGGCACUAGUUGCACAAACCAAAACAAAAAGUGCUGGAUCUUUUAGUUUUUCGGGGAGAGAUUAAUUGGUAAAUUUUCCAGGCAAGCUGGCAGCUCUGCAAUGUAUGCACAAAAAGGGUCAUAGUUAAGCGAUUAAAGACGAAAAUGUACAGUCAGUGUGUUGUUUUUAAACCAGCAUGCUCGAUUAGGCUGUUUUAGAGAAAACACUGUGAAAAUAGACGAAGCCUGUAUAUACAUACGUACAUAGAAAAGUGGCAAAGACAUGCUGUCCUGUUGGCGAUUAAACUAAUUAAAAUAAAACCCUGCCUUAUGUUAAGAAAAAAGUUACAGAAAAGUUGUCCUGCUGCCCCACAAUCAUGCCACCAUCUGAUACUCUUACUAGUACAGAUGUGGACAAAACGACAAUGCUUCAACAUCUGUGAGCCCUUUGGCAGGAUAGAUGUUGAAGGAUUCCUUCCUGCCCGCGUGGCUCCAUAGAUCUGAGAGGAAUGGCGACAGGGAUAAGCUACAUAAUGGGAACUCAGCUUUGCCCUCGAGUUAGUCAUGAAUAGAUUUUUUUCUGGAAGGCCAUGCUUCUAUCUCUCCCUUUCCUGCAGAUCUGAGAACUGGCUUAAGGCUGUUUCAAGGAUUACAAAACCGCAUCUGUUCUUUUUUGACCUUUGUCAUGUUCAUGAAGGUGAAACCGCUCCACACACAGGCCACAAAAAGUCUCUAAUCAUGCUCUCAUUUGGUAUAAUGUUUAAUUAUCUAAAGGGUUGAAAAGGUUUUGAAUUCAAUUUAACCAAUGUACAGAGAGUUUGAGAGGAUAUACGGUAUUUUUGUGUUGUGGACAUAAUGUAUAAAAAGAGAUAUAGAUGAUGAGAUACACAAUUGUUAUUACACUAUGACUAUUUUUUAUCCAGUUUCAUUUGAUGUUAUAUUUAUCGAAUGUUUUGACCCUGAAUGAAGAGGCUGAAGUGGUUCUGUCCUGUCCUACCUCCAGCCCUGUUCCAGGAACAACAGGCCAGCUGUCUAAAUGUCACCAUGUUUGUCUGUCUGAUGCAUGGUUAUAUAUUUUUGCUGUAUGUUUAUUUACUUAAUAAAGAUGGGUGUUGGGAAAUGCGUCAUGUUUGUUUUACUUCGCAACAUCAUCUCUCCUGAAAAGGCCCUCAGGUGUUCAUCCUGAUUUAUAGCCUGAUUUUAAACUUUAUUCUUCUAGCAUUUUUACUAUUUUGCAGCUUUAUUGUUUCAUCCUCUCUAAUUUGUUUUGACGUUAAUGAUCCUCUGUAUAUGAUAAACACUGAAAACACAGAGGGGCUACAAACAGCACAUCCAUCCAUAUGAUUUGGCUUUACAGAUCACUCAGUGGUCGUUUACGACAAUAAUGAUGUCAAUUUAACGAUUAUUAAUUACAGUGUAAACAACCUCAGGGGCUAGAAAGAGUACUGAGCUCUCAGUGUAUUUCAAGUGCUGUUCUACUAGAUACUGAAUAAAGAUCACAAGCAUCUGUGUGCACUUCACCGCUCUGCCGCUGACUGGCAGGAUUUUGGAAGAACCUGGCAAUGUUUUGACAGUUGUCUGCAUACUUUUUUAGUUCUCUGGUUGUCUCUCUGUGAUGCUCUAAACUGUCAGCGAGAACGGAAAUGUCACAUCAGAGCCAGCGUGAACAAAAAAAGGCACAAAAGGAAAGUGACGUGCAGAAUAUGGAAUGAAAAACACGACUGAUUAGACCCCAAAAGAUUCUUUUUUUUAAACGAACAUGAUGAUAACGGUGAGUCCCCAGCUGUUUUUGGAGUGGAAAGCUGACUAUGUGUGCAGCUAGACCUCUUUCCCAACCGCCUACCAGUCUGAUAAAACACAUAA